AUGGCCGUAAAUCCUUCCAAGAAAUCCUGGGACGUCGUUAUUUUUAAGAAAGACAAUUCUGUUUAUCACAUUCCCUCAUCCUGGGCUGUAAAUGAUGAUAAAACAAUAUAUUUGUGGCCAAAAGUACCCAUAUCAAUAUUGAAGCAUUCAAUAGAAGAAUGUGAACCGCCUAAAACUUCUGUAUCCUAUAAAGAGUUGGGCGCCGUUUAUAAAGGAACAAGGAACACAAUUGCUGCAGCGAGACGUCUUCAAGAAACUGUCAUAGAAUCACGGUCAACAUCCAAUGAAAGCGAAAGCGGCUCUAGCUCUGUUAGAUGCGAAGAAAUUGAGGAUUCCUUUGAAGAGGAAGGAAACGAUACAUCGGGCAAUGAUGAUGACGAUACACUGACAUUUAAUUCGGACGAGAACAACAAAUCAGAACUAGCUCCAUCGAGUUCAGCUGUGUACCGAUCUACAUCAAAACUACAAAAUUCAAAAGCACAACGCGUAAAAUCUGGCAGUUCUCUUCCCAAAUCUAAGGACGUCACAAUAGCUACACCACAGAGGAACCCUGCAUCCAACCUUCGUUGCUCGCUUACGGAAGACCGAUAUACUAAAUUAAUGAAAGCAAUAGCCGGAAUUGAAUACGAUUUGAAGGAAAUCAAGUCUAACCAGACACGGCUUGAAUCGUCCGUUGCCGCCGUUAUUGCUUCCUCUACCAUUACGCCUUCCAGAAUUUCAAGACACUUCGAGUUGCCGACAAGGAAUCAAGAGGGAUUGAUGAAACUGGAGGAACAAGUUAAGCAAGAUACAGAAUUUGAAAAUCUUGUGAAGAUUUUGGCACUAGUAGGAGGUGAAACGCCUAAGAAAGCGACCUAUCAAAUUAUGAAGAGAUUGAUGAAUAAGGAGCUCAGUCUAUUAUACUCCGCAUUUGGAAGAAAAGGGAAAAAAAAUUUCUCAUCACUAACGUUGUAUAAAGCAGUUUUAGAAAGCGUUCGUGUGCUGUUUCCGACGACUUCAGAUCAGGACAUUAGUCGCUUUAUCAGCACAUCCUUGGCCACAGCAGCGGAUCGCGAAGGGGGCCGAAAAUCUCGUGUUACCGGCGUAAAUAAUCAUGAUACAAUGACCCAAGCAGAUUAGGUACCUAUUCACUUAUUGUAGUAUAAUAACAUUAUUCUUUACUUUAUUCUUAUUACCUACAUAGCUAAUUUAGUUUUAAAAUUUAAAAUUCAUUAUCAAAUAUGCCAAGGUCUAGAAAAUCCAUGUUCAUAAAAAGACACUUGUUAGUAACACAGCUGCCGAGUUCAUCUAAAAGUUUAGAACACGACGUACACCCUGUUUUCUCUGAUUCUAAGGUUCACAUCUGUAAAUCUCCUAUAGAAUCAUAUUUACCUUGUGUGUCUACCCUUAGUAACGAUGUACUUUGCCAAACGAAUUUGCCUUACCCACCUACUCCAUCCAUUGAGACAAUUUCACCAGAAACAGGAAAACAACUAAACAACUUGCGCAAUGAAACAAUUUCACAAAAUGCUUUAAUAGAACCACUUAAACAUUCUAUCGAAAGUGAUCUAAGAAAUUGGGCUCUGAUAGAAAAUGUCAAUCACAAACAGUUAACCUCAUUAUUGUCCAUUUUGAGACGGUAUCAUCCGGAGUUACCAAAAAGCAGCAAAACAUUACUAAAAACCAAGAGAAAGUUUUGUUCUAAAUCCAUGCUGUCUGCCGAUAAAUGUAACGGCGAAUUUUUUUAUUUUGGGAUAGAGAAUGGCAUACGUCACCAAUUGCUUAAUGAUGACAUUAGAUCUUCCUUAUUUACAUUGGAAAAUUCUUAUCACAUAGAACUAGUUUGUAAUAUUGAUGGUUUGCCCAUAUACAAAAGUUCCAGGUCUCAGUUCUGGCCAAUAUUAGCUAAAGUUUUUAAAAAAAAUUACACCUUCUCUCCAUUUGUUGUUGCCCUGUUUUUAGGAAAUAGCAAACCGCUAUGCCUGAAAGAUUAUUUGAAUGACUUUAUUACAGAAUUCAAUAACCUUUCAACCAAUGGGUUUUUGUACGAGGGAGAAAAAAUUACCUGUUCUUUAAGGUACAUGGUUUGUGACGCACCGGCAAGGUCUUUUUUAAAAAAUAUUAAACCUCACAAUUCAUACUUUGCGUGUGAAAAAUGUACCGUAAAGGGUCGGAGAAUUGAGAGUAGGAUGUUAUACCCAUUGGAUUAUAAUUGUGAAUCUCGUACAGACAACGGAUUUCAUAUGCAAGUGCACGAGGAACACCACAAGGGUGUAUCGCCCCUAACUGAAAUAAACAACUUUGGACUGGUGUCUGGAUUUAUUCUGGAUUACAUGCAUAUGUCAUGUUUGGGAACUAUGCGGAGGAUGAUUCAAUACUGGUUUAAACCUAUUUGGAAAUGUUCCAUCGCAUUAAAGUUUAGGACAGAAGCUAGCCGUCGAAUGCUUAAAAUGGCCCCAUAUUUUCCAACCGAAUUUAACCGGAAACCUAGAUCUUUUGUAGAAAUAGAUAUGUGGAAAGCGUCAGAGCUCCGAAGUUUUUUGUUAUAUACGGGACCUGUUGUAAUGAAAGAUUUAUUACCUACCUCAAAAUAUAAACAUUUUCUUUGUUUUCAUGCUGCAAUGCGCAUUGUUUGCAGAGGCGUGUAUUCGAAAACUUUAGGUAGAACUGCAAUCACACUUAUACAGAAAUUUAUUUCGGAUUCUCAGAGGUUAUAUCCAAAUUUAGAGCCAAUCUAUA